CCGGAGACAUGUCGUAAAAAGGAUUUGUUAUAUACACAAGAGAAGCUAUCACAAUUUACAGUUUAACUGCUCCAGCGGCAGCAAUCUGUUUUACGGACAGUACGCAGUGAAAACGAUCAUCAUUUUAAUAUGAGUGGCUUUAAUUUUGGAUCAACUGCCCCCACUGGAGGUUUUUCUUUUGGAACACCAAAAACCGCUGCUUCAACAGCAACCCCUGGGUUUUCGUUUGGAGGAGGAGGAACAGCUCCCUCUGGGGGCUUCAGUUUUGGUGGUACAACACAGAACCCUGUCUCAUCAUCAGGACAACAAACUGGACUAUUCUCUUUCUCCACGACAGCUUCUCCGGCAGGCUCUACAGCUGGAUUCAGUUUUGGGACACAGCCUACAUCAACCACAGCUGCAGGUGGACAGACAUUUGGAAACAAUGCUCCCAAGAUAAGCAUUGGAUCAGGAGUUCAACCAGCUGCAGGGAGUAAUAUAAGCAGCAUCACCCAACAGUCAGUGCUCCCUUCAGGUGGUUUUUCAUUUGGACUAAACUCUGGAAACACUGCACCUCCUGCUUCUGGUAGUGGUAGUUUUUCACUAAGUGGAGGAGUAAUAAACACUACUGCUAGUAGUGCCUUUGGACAACAACAAGCACCUGCUGGGCUCACGUUUGGGACUUCUGUUUCCACAGCUGUAAUACCAACAUCCACUAAUAGCCAAACUGCUACAACUUUCAACCUAGGUGUACCAACAGCAGCUUCCAGUUCUGGGUUUGGCUUGCCUUCUACUGUUCUUUCAUCCAUUACGUCAGCCCCUACCUCAUCAACAUCUUCCCAGGCUGUUGGAUCCACUCCAAGUUCUGGCCUGAGCUUUGGGAUUAAACCAUCAGACACUGCUUCAGCUGUGGCAAAUGUAAACUCUACAUCUACCACACAUUCCCUGUCUUCCCUCAUUGGAUCCUCUGGGACUUCUCUCUUCUCUCCUGUAGUUAGCUCCACUGCUUCAACUCCUGUAACAACCACCACUACUACUGGAUUAACAUUGGGCUCUUCUGCUGCAUCCCUGAAUUUUGGACUGAAGAUUCCAGCAAGCAGCGCUGCCCAAGGAAAUGCCCUGACCACCAGCACCUCUCUUGGAGUAAAGCCCCUGGUUGGUAUGGUAGGCCAAGCUGCGACUGCUAGUGCUAGUGUAAGCCAACCAGUUAUGACCUAUGCCCAACUUGAAAACCUAAUCAAUAAGUGGAGUUUGGAAUUAGAGGAUCAGGAGAAACACUUUUUGCAGCAAGCCACACAAGUCAAUGCCUGGGACAGAACACUUAUCCUUAAUGGAGAGAAAAUCACUGCAUUACACAGAGAGAUGGAAAAAGUGAAACUGGAUCAGAAAAGGUUGGACCAGGAGUUGGACUUCAUUCUGUCACAGCAGAAAGAACUGGAGGAUCUUUUGAUCCCACUUGAGGAAUCUGUUAAGGAGCAAAGUGGAACUAUCUAUUUGCAACAUGCAGAUGAAGAGAGAGAAAAGACGUACAAGCUGGCAGAAAACAUUGAUGCACAGCUUAAGCGUAUGGCCCAAGAUCUCAAGGAUGUUAUAGAACACCUUAAUACCUCUGCAACUCCAGGAGACACCAGUAACCCGCUUCAACAGAUAUGCAAGAUCCUGAAUGCUCAUAUGGAUUCUCUACAGUGGAUUGAUCAAAAUACAGCUCUUCUACAGAGGAAGGUGGAGCAGGUAACAAAGGAAUGUGAGAGCCGGAAGAAGGAACAGGAUCGGGGAUUUUCUAUCACAUUUGAUUAAUUUAUGGAGAAAGGGGUGGUACCAAAGCAAAAGUGACAUGUACAUAAAGUUCUUCUCUGUGGAUUAAGUGUCUUUAAUGGCAAUUUAGUAAUACUUUUCAAGUAUGUUUUGUACACUGGUAAAACCCCCCAGAAAACUGCUUACGGUGCAGUGUAAUAAUUUUUGAAAAUAAAAGUCAAAUAUGCUUGCUUGAAAAUAUUAAUUGGCAUUAAAAACCUUAUAUUUGAGAGCAGAUUCAACUAUACGGACCAUUUAUUAUGUACUGUUAUGAUACUGAUAUGCUAUUAAAGAUUUUGGACAAAAA